GGGAACUAGUCUGCUUCCCGAAAGCUUCUCCCACUCGUCGCGGGGACACACGACGGAAUGGACUGCUGGGGUAACCAGGGGCGAGAAGGGCAAAGCCGGGGAGGACCCCGGGCCUCCUCAGGGCACAGUCCGGGUCCCCGUCCCGCGCUGCCGGUGGCGUUGCGGGGACCGGGCGGCGGCGCGGAGGUCAUAGGGUCUUUUUCCAGGGGAGGGGGUGGGGAUGCUGAGUCACGGGUCUGUCACCGCUUCUCACCUCUCCAGCCCUCGGGGGCUAAAGCAAAAGCGAAAGCGAAUGCGGCUCGCGGGGCGGCCGGUCUCGGAGCUGCGCCCGCCGCCUGCUCCCGGGCAGUGGACAUCUGAGCGCGCGAGCGGCGGGGCGUCGCGUCCGCGGCGAGCCCGGGAGGAGGCCGGCGGGGGCGCGGCCGAGGUCGGGCCAUGUCGAGGCGGCUCCGGGGCUGCGGAGUCGGCGCCCUCCCCGCGCUGCUGCUGCUGCUGCUCGGACCGCCGGCGACGCCGGGCAUCACGUGCCCAACUCCCACAUCUGUGAAACAUGCAGACAUCUGGGUCAAGAGUUACAACCUCAACUCCAGGGAGCGGUAUGUUUGUAACUCUGGCUUCAAGCGUAAAGCCGGGACCUCCAGCCUGACCGAGUGCGUGUUUAACAAGACUGUGAACAUCGCCCACUGGACCACUCCCAAUCUCAAGUGCAUCAGAGACCCCUCCCUGACUCACCAAAGGCCACCCUCCACAGCAGCACCGACAGGGGUGACCCCAGAGCCAGACAGCCCCAACCCUUCUGGAAAAGAGCCAGCUUUUACUUCCAGGUCAGACACCACAGUGGCCACAAGGCUGGCUACUGGACCAGGCUCCAGGCUGAUGCCAUCCAAAGCUCCUUCUGCGGGGACCACAGGGGUAGUCAAUAAUGAGCCCUCCCAAGUCCCAGCUCAGACAACAGCCAAGGCUCCGGAACACACCCCCUCGGCCUCGCAGGACCCGCCCGGUGCAUAUCAGUACAAUCCCAGAGCUGUGACUGCGGCCAUCUCCACGUCAGUCGCCGUGCUCUGUGGAGUGUGCGUGGUAUGUCUUCUGGUACGUUACGUACGUUACAUACGGUCAAGGCAAGCUUACCAGAUACCCAGUGUUGAAAUGGAAAGCAUGGAGGUCGUGCCAAAGACUGGGGGAACCGACGCCAGAGGGGAGGGCACAGAAAACGAACCACACGACCUAGGAGGCUCCAGGGGACGCCAAGGACAGCAAAGGCCACAGUGAAGGCCCAGCUCUGCUCCAGCCAAAGAGGACCUAGAGAAGCCUUGGGGUGGCGGCCUUGGGGAAAAGCCCGCCAGGGUGAGAAAACAUCCUGGUACCAUUUUACCAACUGGCCAGCUCAGGCACCGCCCGUAUGAGUGGGUUCUCUGGGUUCAGGACGGACACUCGCUCCCUGCCCUGGGGCACAGGGCCCAGUCCCCAAAGUCCCAGCGGUCGACACUUUCCCAGGAGAGAAUGAAGGUCUCAGGUCUUACUAUCAGGGCUUUUAUUUCAUCAUGACAUUCAUUCAGAACAGGCUUAUCCACUCGACUCUCUCUCCCAUUCCUCACCCGGACCUGCAGUUUACAAAGAAAAGAAAUACGCUCGAGGCUCCUCCUGGCUUGGGAGAUGUUUACGAGGAUGACACCAGCAUUUCAGCUCCUAAAACCUCUCUCUCAGCUAGGUGCUCUGCACACAUUGAAAGGGAACAGAGAGACUGUGCCCAGUGAAUCCUCUUGACUUAAACGUUCAGAAAGAAAACUGAACUUGGUGACAUUUUCUAUAGAUGUGCAUUUAUAUUUAUAUCCUUGUCUUUUAUAGCUACAUAUUAUAAGAUUUGUAUUUUGAAAUUGUGUCUUGUAUAAACAAAAUAAAAUGUCUAUUUUCAAUACAAAAAAAAAUGCACUGAAAGAAUCACGAGAAAUGUACCACAAAUAAAAAAAGGAGAUCAGGAAU